AGUAGUGUAAAAUUGACUUUCACAGAAAUGCUGUCAUUUGAUCUUCACUGGGGCCCUAUGGGCUGCUUUUUUCCUGUUUUAUAGAUAAAUUUUCUCAUCUAUUCUCAGAAUAGUUGCUCUCUGUUUGAGGGGAAAAAACGUUCAGGGAGAAGCGUCAUAUGUCAAGAGGACCCGAGGGGAUAGCUCACAGCCAAGACCUCAGGGAGACACAUGAGGAAUGAGGAAGAGGAAUCCUGAUCCAGAGAUGAAUUACUGCCUCCUCCAACCCUUCAAGGUGGCAGAAGGCUAUGGUACCAAGUCCAGGAGCCAACGUGCUGGAAUUCAUCUUGGGUCUCCUACUGAGGAAAUGGCUCUACAUAAGAAUAUGGGAGAGGAAAACCCAAAGUGGGCCCAUGAGAAACUCGAUAGUUAAGCUUCAGGCCUGUUGGGGAAUGAUGGACAGACCUUUCAGAGCUUCUGAAAGUUGGGGAUCACAUUUCCUAAAGAUACAACAGGAAAUUGAUUCCAAACAGCAGAAAGAAGUACAGGGAAUCAUGGAAUUGGCCUGGUCUAGCUGUCUUGAGAGGUGUGGGUCGUGGAGUUUUCAGGUUAGGGUCUGUGGCUUCUGGGGCACUAUGUGCCUUUCAAUUCCUGAGAAACUGAGUCACUCCCUCGGGUAGUGAAACAUUCAUGCCAACUGUAUUCUCUGUAUCCCAAAGAAAUCAGUGAAGCAUAUAAGAAGGCUGGACAAUUAGUCUUAGACAUUAAUCUUGUGUGCAAUCAUUGUAUCCUGGCAGUUAUAAUUCUAUUCUUCUUUGUAGCUGCCAUUAUAUUCUGUAUCUGAUAAGGGUAUAAAAAGUCUGAUUGCUUGCAAUAAACUUGUCUCAACCUUAGGUUUUCGGAGACCCCUUC